AUGACCCCCAUAGUCGCUUACUUAGAACAAGGGACACUGCCUACAAACAAAAACGAGGCAAAAAAAAUGAGAAGAAAGGCCACCCGGUACCUAAUCAUUGAUGGUGUCAUGUAUCCACAAGGGUACUCAGUGCCUCUACUACGAUGUGUACAUCAAGACCAAGCCCAACGACUAAUGGAAGACGUCCAUGAAGGUUUCUGCGUAAAGAGCUUCUCGGCGGUCUCGCACCCCCAGUUGACCGGGCAAGUAGAGGUGGUGAAUAAGACCUUGAAGGACACCUUGAAGAAAAGACUCGAAGAGGCAAAAGGAAACUGGCCAGAACAUUUACGCGAAGUUUUGUGGUCGUAUAGGGCGACGGAAAGAACAGGGACUGGUGAUACCCCCUUCUCCCUUGCUUAUGGGUAUGAUGCGAUGAUACCGGUUGAGCUAGACCCACCCUUCCACCGAAGAACGACAUACAACCAAGUCAGUAAUCACCAACUAAUGGGUGAAUCGUUGGACCUGUUGGAGAGUUGUAGGGAGGCCUCAAAAAUACGGUUAGCAGCAUACCAACAAAAAGUAGCCAGAUACUUUAAUUCCAAAGUUAAGGAAAGACCCAACAGCAGGAGUAUUGGGGCCAAAUUGGGAAGGUUCGUAUGA